AUGGAGAGGCACGAUGUUGUCUUGUGGACAACGCUGAUGCUCAGAUACAUCCAGGCGGAGCAAGCACCGGCUGCACUAGAUCUCCUCUCGCAGAUGCAGCAAGUCCAAGGCCUAGUACCCGACGCUCCAACUUACACUUCUGCGCUCCAGGCCUGUGGGAGCUCCAAGGCUUUGGAGACUGGAAGCGCCAUCCACCAGCAGAUCUGUCAUGCCGAGAUGGAAGCCGAGGUGGUCGUCGUGAACUCUCUUCUGGGCUUCUACAGACAGUGUGGCUGCAUGGCAGAAGCUUGUGAAGUUUUCAACUCAGUGGCCACAGCCAGCGUGGGACGCGACGCUGUAACUUGGAACGCAAUCAUCUCCAGCUACUCCCACCAGGGAGAUGUAGCCUUGGCUCUCAGGCUCUUUAAGCGGAUGCUGGAGGAUCACUGCCCUGCCUGUGGUGCUGCUCAUGCACUACUCGCAAGCGAGUUGAUCCCGAAAGGAGCCUAG